CUAGUUUUUCAUUAAUGCAUUUUUUUUUUGUAUUUUCAUUAAUUUUAUUUUCUGUUUGGUUGCUGAGAAAAUUGACAUUUGAAUUGGAAGUAGCUUUGAUUUUCUGUGGAUUGUUUUGUCUAUUUUCUGGUUUUUGAAUGUUAAUUAAUCGAUUACUAGCUUCUAUGUUUCUUUUUUAUAAUAAUUGGAUAGGACAGCAUUUGUAGGAGGAAAUGAACCCACGACUUCAGCCUUAGCGGAAUGCUGCCCGAUGUUUAUAUCAUUUGAGCCCUUUAAACGCAGGGCAGCAUUCCGCUAAAUGUCUCUCUUUUUUUUUCAGUACUUUUAAUUUGCAUAAUCUUGUACUGUGAUUUUUAUAGAUUUUGGUUUUGUAUUGGAUGUGAAUGUUUAUUUAAGGAGAAAUUAGUAUAUUGCUGGUAUAUGUCUGAAGUAAGCAACUGUAUGUGUGUGUGAUUUUAUUGUAUAUAAUGGAUCUGAUAAUAUAAGCUUAAAGAUGCUGUCACUGUCUCACUGUGAUUGUGUUCUUGCAACUGUCGAAAAUUUAAUAAAUAUUUGGAAUUGUAACUGCCAAGUUUACUGAUUUUCUUGCAUUCCUUCAGACCUCUCUUUUAAUGAGCAGACUGGUGAAUGUAUUGAUUCUUGAAUACCUGGAAUGUUUAAGGGAUUUUUGCUUCUAUUUUCGUUUUAUUUAGUUGAGCGAUUUUUAAGAGUUAUUUUGAUAUUUAUAUGGCAGGGACCGGAUAAGAAUUACUGCUUAUAUCUUGAUUCAUUAGAGAUCUCAUCUUUUGAUCAUUUAGUCUCUAGGUGAAGGUAAAAGGGCGUUGAUCACUUCGUCACUGGCACGCUGAAGCUCUACUUUUUCUUGAGGCUAGGUAUUUUACGAUCAUCAUCUCAAGUUUUGAGAGAGAUAGAGGCCGCGUGCUCACGCUUAUCUUUGAAGACUCUCUAAACUCGGAUGUCUGGUGAUGUGGAAAAUCUUAAAGUUGGUGAGAGCCAGAAAGAUCCAGGAGAAUUGUCUCCUGAUAAUGAUAUUAAGACAACCUGGUACACUGGCUUAGUCCGUCAAACAUCUGUCUAUGGUGUCGCUGCUGGAUAUUGCCUUUCGGCAUCUCUGCUCUCGAUCAUCAACAAGUGGGCGAUAAUGAAAUUCCCAUAUCCUGGCGCUCUGACUGCUCUACAGUACUUCACUAGUGCUGCAGGCGUCCUUGUAUGCGGCGGGUUGAAACUCGUGGAGCACGACAGACUUGACCUUUUGACAAUGUGGCGUUUCCUACCUGCGGCAAUUAUGUUCUACCUAUCGCUCUUCACUAACAGUGAGCUCUUACUCCAUGCAAAUGUCGAUACCUUCAUUGUCUUCCGUUCUGUAGUCCCGAUAUUUGUUGCAAUAGGUGAAACCAUGUUCCUGCACCAGCCCUGGCCAGCGAUAAAGACAUGGAUUUCACUUGCUACCAUAUUUGGUGGAAGUGUACUUUACGUUCUAACAGAUUACCAAUUCACAGUCGCAGCUUACAGUUGGGCUCUCGCAUAUUUGGUAAGCAUGACUGUCGAUUUUGUAUAUAUUAAGCAUGUCGUGAUGACCAUAGGUUUAAAUACAUGGGGUCUCGUGCUGUACAACAAUCUCGAGGCCCUCCUACUAUUUCCCUUGGAAUUGCUGAUUAUGGGUGAACUAAAGAAGAUAAAGCAUGAAAUUACAGAUGAGACAGAUUGGUAUUCUUUUGGGGUGAUUCUGCCUGUUGGAUUAUCUUGCCUGUUUGGUUUAUCAAUCUCCUUUUUCGGAUUUUCCUGCCGGAGGGCAAUUUCCGCGACAGGAUAUACCGUUCUUGGCGUAGUAAAUAAGUUACUAACAGUGGUAAUCAAUCUCGUAAUUUGGGAUAAGCAUUCAACAUUUAUUGGAACGGUAGGGCUUCUCAUAUGUAUGGUAGGUGGUAUUAUGUAUCAGCAAUCCACAAGUAAACCUAAGCCUUCUCCGGCAGUAGAAACAGAGGAGAGCGACAACGAAGAACAGCAGAAGCUACUAGAAAUGCAAAGUAGUAAUGAGAUUGAAUCUCAUAACCAAAAAUGAGGCUUUCUUAGAGCAAUGUGAUCAUUCUUUUGGUUAAAUAUCAGGUUACAAUGAAAUUUUCCGGUUAAAGUCCGAGCGUUUAUAUACCUUUCAGUCGAUCUAAUUUCAUCGACACUUGUAGAAGUGCUUGAAUGGAAUAUCUGAGCAGGAAAUAUGGUUUUUUUCCUUACACAUACUAUACAUUUUAGUAGACCGAGAAAAAAUACAGAUCACUUGGAAUGACUCACAGAGAUCCCGCGAGUGGUACCACAAUCUCUUCUACGUAUAACAAUGUGUAGUAACUUCUAUUGUCAGAAUGUCAUGAUUUAUCUGAAAAGUCUUAACAUUAGUGUCUUUCAUUGGUUAUAAAUGUUUCAUGUAUUCUUUCACAAGGAUUUCCAUGUAUUCUUUCUUUAAUCAGUUCAAUUUUAGGUUGAUUA